AGCUGAAGGGGCCCCCAGAGCCAGCUGGAGUCCUACAGCAGAAACGAUCGGGGUCUGAUGUGGAGGGAGGCCACAACGAAGACGGACCUCACAGGGAAGUGAUGGCUCAGACUCGCUCGAGGAAGAAACUCAAAGUCGAAAUGAUGUAUGACUGCCAUGGCAUGCCACAAUUGCGGCAUGCUUCGACGGCCGCAGCAGCUAUGAAAUCCACCGACAAGGAAACUACUUCUGAGAUCCCCUCUGGGCCGACUGUGGUCGCCUAUCAGGCUCAGCAGGACAAUGAGGCAGCAUUGACUGAUCGAGCUGGCAAUUCUCUGCCGGGCACCCCAAUAUCUGCUAUGCAGCUGUCAUACCAGCCGGCUAGGAAGACAUUCAGCCUUCUGGGUGCGUUCGUCGAAGACAGCUCGCUGAUCAUUGAGUUGGUCAGCUACCUAACCAUACCGGCGUUACUAUCUUGGUACGCGAUUGACAGGAAAUUUCACUGGUAUUACAACAAGAACUGUACUGCCUUCAUGCUCGCCAGUGUGAGAACCUGGGCUCCUGGAGCGGAAAGCAUCUACCCCUGGCGCUUUUAUCAGCACCUUUGUCUCAAGGACCCUACCAAGCGGCAGAAGGAGAAGUCUGACCAUCUUGGUCCAGAAAUCUUCAAGCUGAACUUGUUCUCUCGGGAUUGUCCAAGCAUGCGCUGGCUACAGAUGGUGGUUUGGCGCGAAGGUGUGGUGACGGAUAUGGUGAUUCAGCUCAUGAUCAAGGGCCUCCGCGUGCCGCCAGGUACCAUUGAUGCAGUCAAGCGCAUGUGGUUCUUCAUGGAUCUCCCGAUCAACUCUUUUCGCCUCAGUUGCAUCCGCAGUAGGAUUAUCGCCCCUGACAAAACCCUCGAGCUCGCUACCGCCUUUUUCCUCAAAGUCGAUAUGCUCUUCACUAAUCCCACUCGUAAGCCCUACCCUGUCAACCACCCCAAUCAGGCUCAGUAUCCCAACCGCUGGGCAAACGGGAUGGCUGUCGGUUGCUCCUUGCGUGAGAUACUACUUGCCGAAGAUACUCUCACGCCGCUCUGGCGCGUAAUGCGAGGCUGGACACCAGAUGGUACGGGCAAAGGCAGGCUCAUCGCGCCUGUCGACAUCUUGAAGCUGUGGAUGAGACACAGAUAUCGAUUCGAUGAGAACACACCACAGUACGUCGAUCCGACGGUGCCGAUCUUGGGCAUGCGAAUGGAGGAGUUUGAACAGGUGGGAAUGGAAAGGUUGGCGAGGGUCGAGAAUGGGCUUCCGGUGAGACGACAACGCAUUUUGAGACCAGAUCUGCUAGUGAUGGGCGAAGCGAUACGACGACGAAUCGACCUGUCACGCAAGUGGUACGACAUGAUGGUCUAUGGGUUCUUGGAUCCUUUCGAGUUGAGAGUACCAGUUCCCAAGGAAGACGAGAUCCUGCAGAGUCGUCGGUCUUACUGGACCAAAAAGGAGAAGAAGAUGAUCGCAGAAAAUGAGGCUAAAGAGAGAAAGCUGUUGGAGCGUAGUCGCUGCCGCAUUGGCGAUGGCUGCUGAGACAAGUGAAGGAGUCCAGGCGCUGAUAAGACCGCUAGCAAGGACGAACAUGCGGCUACGGAAGAAGAAGCUGCUGUGGCGAAGCUGAAGAUAACAUAGGCUUGCAUUGCUCUGACCAAGGUACCAAAAGCUCCUCCAUCUCACAUUGAGAAAUAGAAAUUUUU